UCUGGUGCGAAGAUGUUCAAAAACCUCCGUUGUUUCACUAGAUCAUUCCCCCGAUCAGCCCCUCGCAGUCGCAUUUGAUGGAGGAAGGAGAGAGUGUAUUGGAAGCUAUUUACGAAGUAGACGACGGAUUCGAAGAGGCUGAAGAUGUUGAGAUGCCCGAUGUGGAAGAAGGAGAGCUGCUUCAGCCCAACUCCCAAAAUGAUGGAGGACAAAGCAGUGGUGGAGAGGGUUUAUGCGAUACCCAUGGAAUUCAAGCUUCACAGAGCAAAAACCGCCGGCGUAGGAUAAAUAAGAAGAAGAAUAGGAAAAAGAAAGGCAGUCUGGGGCCAAACGUUACUGAUAUAAACAGGUUUGUGCUAGAUACGUGUAGACGGCUGAAAGAGAAAAAAUCAUACAUGAUUUAUACUGCCGUAGGUUGUCUGGGAAUUUCUGCGUUAAGUGAUAUGGUGAAAGAGGUGGAUGCAAUUCAGUCUUGUGGAGGGCAGAUGACUGCUGAUGGUAGACGUUUACGAACAGGAGGUGGAAUAUUAUGGAACAUUAUGAAAACAAGAGAACCAAUGGCCUAUAAAGAAAUCAUGAAAAAGGCCAAGGACUUCGAGAAGCAAUUUAAGCGACAAAAUAUCCAGCAAGCUCAACAGCAAAACAAGGAGGGUUCCUCUCAAGAAACUGCAAUUUCAUUAACUGAUCCAGCUCCAUCCAGUGUUCAAGAAGGUUCUCAACUGGUGACUCAAGCUCAGCAUGAACAUUCCAACACUGAGAAGAAGCACAGAUCUGUUCAUGACAGGAUCAGGGUACCUGUUUCAUAUGAUGACCUACUUGGUGAUGAUCCAAAAAAUGAUUCUGUGUGAUUUUUGGGAAAAUUGAAAAUUGGCUUGGCUUCACUUUGGCACUUGUGGCUUGCUGACACCUUUCUUUUCUUUUCUUUUGAUAGACACUGAUAUCUUUUAAACGGCUGCAAGAUAUAAUUUUUCUUCACAAUUUUGAGACGAGAGGUUAUUGAAGAGUCAUAUUCAAUUAUUGGUUUUGUAGAUUUGCAAUUGACACGUUUGGCUUCUACCUCUUGAAUAUGGUAUAUUGUUUCUUUGCCUCCUAA